UUGAGUGUUCGUGUAUUCCCAGUGCCGCCCGAGGUCUCGCGGGGAGUGGACGCGCGCCUGGCUAUUGUGCUUAGUUCAAGAGGUUUGUGGCGCAAUAUGGAUAAAAAUUUGAAUCCCCAGCAGAUACAAGAUCUGUUGAAUGACUUAGACUCUGACGAAAACGUGAAUGAGGACAUUUUUCAUGAUGCAUCAUCGGAUUUGAGUGACGUGGAGUCUGAAAUCAGUGAUCACAAUACUGAAAGUGAAGAAGAAGCGGAAAAUAUCUCUGAUAACGAAGACUCAAGUGACAACAUGGUACAAAUGGUCGAAAGUACCACCAUCGCGAUCACGAGUGCCAGCACAUAA